AUGAUUAAAAAUAUAGUGUUUUUUAAAUCACCAAAAAUAAAUAACGACAAUGAAAUUGAUGAUCCUUAUUACCAAAAUUUUAAAAAUGAUAAAUACAACACAGAAUUCAUAAAAGUUUUAGUAAUUGAUUAUCAAUAUGAUAAUCUAAAACUUUUAUAUGAUCCCAAUGGUAAUAGUGAUAUUGAAUAUUUUGGUAUUAUAUUAACAAGUAGUAAUUCUAUAAAGUCAAUAGAUACUUUUUUAUCCUCUUUUGAAAAAGAAAACAUCAUCAAUAAUAAUAAUAAUGAUAAUAAUAAUAAUAAUAAUAAUAAUAAUAAUAAUAAUAAUAAUAAUAAUAAUAAUAAUAAUAAUAAUAAUAAUAAUAAUAAUAAUAAUAAUAAUAAUAAUAAUAAUAAUAAUAAUAAUAAUAAUAAUAAUAAUAAUAAUAAUAAUAAUAGAGAAACACAAAUUUUUUUCAAUAAUAUUUUAAAAUUUAAACAUAUAUACUUAAUUGGAGAAACUAGUUGUAAUUUAUUUAAAAAGGUAUUUGGUAAAUGGAUAUCUCAAAAUGUAAUAGUUGUAGAAUCAAAUGCAACAGAUUUAGCAAAAAGGAUCACUUUAGAUUAUAAUAAUGAAUAUAAAGAGAAUAAUAAUAAUGAUAAUAAUAAAGCACUUUUAUAUUUUUGUGGUAAUCAAAGAAGGGAAGAAUUACCAUUAUAUUUAAAAAAUAAUAAUAUUCAAUUAAAGGAAUUAGUAACAUAUCAAUCACAAACUUCAGAUGAUAGUAUUAAUGAUAUUUUAAAUUUAAUUAAAAGGGUUUUACAAUCAAAUAAAAUGGAAAUAUAUUGGUUAGUUUUCUUUAGUCCAUCAGGUGUAGAUUUUGUAUUGGAAACAAUUGAUAAUCAAUUAUCAGCAUUAUCACUACCAAGAACAUCAAUUUUUAAUAAUAAUAAUAAUAAUAAUAAUGAUAAUAAUAAUAAUAAUAAUAAUAAUAAUAAUAAUAAUAAUAAUAAUAAUAAUAAUAAUAAUAAUAAUAAAAUCAAAGUUGCAGCAAUUGGUAAAACCACAGAAAAUUGUUUAAAAACACAUAAUAUUAAAGUUGAUAUAGUUUCACCUUUUCCAAAUGCUGAAAGUUUAUUCAGUGCAAUCUCAAAUUAUAGUAAUACUGAAUAA